AUGGGUCGUCAAAUCGUCUCCGGCGGCUGUCACUUGGCGGAGCGGAAAAAUGACGACUUUGCAGCUCUUUGGCGGCUGUCACUUGACGAAGAGGAGCUAGAUGGAGGUAGGGCGCAUGUUAGGGAGCUUCAUCCUCAGGUCCACGUAGUAAGAGGAGUGAUAAGUCUUCAUUAUCAUGAGUUAAUAAUUAGUAAAUAAUAUAGUUUUAGCCUUAACUCAUGAUAAAUAGACUUAUAUUUGUGUUAAAGAAUGAUUUUUGGUUUUCAAUUGAUUAACGUGAAUUUUUGGGUAAUUAUGUGAUUUUAUACGAUUUUUACAGUCUUACUUUUGAGAUAAAUGAAGAACAAGAAAUAAAAAUAAAAAUAUUGAAAAAAUAAGGGGACCCGCCGGCCAGCCGUGCCCGCAAGCGGGUCGAAAGCACAGUCGAGGAGUAAGCCGCGAGCAGGCGCUUGAGUGGCUUGGCUUGGGGACCGACAGGCAUGCGUACGCCACUCCCCUUCCACGUCACCGGUGGCCAGCCGGCUGUCGGGCAAGGAAUGGUCGUACAUGCGAGAGAAGGGACUUUGCUCACAAAUCUAACAUUACUAUAUAUUCGCCCGAAAACUCGGCGUACAACCGAUGUGGGACUAAACCCACACCUUCCUCAGAAGAGGCGGGGGCGACCGGCGCGGGUUCGAAUCCUCCUAGAGUCAAAAUUCAUAUAUUUUUAUCUGAUUAUCGCGACUUUCCUGCAGAUCGCCGGUGAAGGAUUAAGCAACGAGAAUCGUUGGAUCAUCGGCGAAAAUCUCGUCAACGCGAUUCGUGGAGCAUUGCUACUAAAAUUGCUGAACGAUUCGCCAUAAAAGGAUCGCGAAUCCAUUGAGUAAAUCAUCUCCGAUUGAUCGACAAACAAGCUGUCGUCGAGAAGAGGACGAUCCGCCGGGAGACCAGUCGCCACCUCCUAAGAGCAUACCAGAUGCGAUGAAGAGCCUCCUCUUGCUACGCGAACCUGAGGAUGAAGCUCCCUAACACGCGCCCCACCUCCAUCCAGGUCUUCUCUGUCGGUGACAGCCGCCGAAGAGCCGCAAAGUCGCCGUUUUUCCGCUCCGCUGGGUGACAGCCGCCGGAGACGAUUCGACGACCCACUUCAUUGGUCUCUAGACUUCGCGAGAAGAUCUAGAAAUUGCCCACGUCGUCUUUGUCCAAGGAGAGCCUUCGAGGCCGUGGACACUGCACGACGAUCCUCCCGAACGCUCAAGAUUCCGAUGCAUCGCCGACGCAUCACCGUCGCGACGCCGGAACUCUGUUUUCCUGCUUUCAAUUUAAUUUAUGCUUCAUUUAGUGAUACUUUGUUGAUUUUAAUUUACCAAACUAUACUUCGUUCAAUUACGAUUCUUCCGGCUUUUACAGAUCUUAAUUUGAUUAAUUGAGUCGUCUGUAAUCGCUUACGUAAGAAUCACCGGGCAGAACUCUAUUUCCGCCUGAUUCGCGUUCGCCGGGCGCUGACGUCAUCCUGACGUCCGCACCCUUAUUUCCUUUUUUCUGUGAAUUUUAAAUAUAUUUCCUUUUUAUUUCCUAGUAUAAAAUUCGUAAGAAAAUCGUACUCAUUGAGAAAAAUUCUGAAUAAUUACCAGAUAUUAUAUUACAUCCCUGUGAUCGACUUGGAAAAUUACUACUAUUUUUGGAAUUUUUAUUGAAUUAUAAUUGAUAUAUUUAUUUAGAAAUACUUCUAAAUAUCCGAAAAUUCGUAUUUUCUAGUUUUAUAAAUUUUAUAUUUCCGUGAUUUAACAUACAACGACUGAGUCACGUCAAGGAGGUUCUUCAUUGCAUCUGAUAUGCUCUCAAGAGGUGGCAACUCAUCUCCCGACGGAUCGUCCUCUUCCCAAUAACAGCUUGUUCAUCGAUCAAUCAAAGAUACUUUACUUGAUGCAUUCGUCAUCCCUUUGUCGUGAAUUGUUCAGUAAUUUUAGUAACAAUAUUCCACGAAUUACAUUGACAAGAUUUUCGCCAAUGAUCCAAUGAUUCUGGUUGCUUAAUCUUUCAUCAGAGAUCUGCAGAAAAGUUGUAAUAAUCAAAUAAAAAAAUAUGAGUUUUGGCUCUUGGAGGAUUCGAACUCACGUCGGUUGCCCGCUUCUUUUUGGGAAAGGUGACGCGAGUUUAGGACAUCGGUUGUGUGCCGAAGUUUAUGGCGAAUAUAAAGUAAUAUUACAUUCCUAAUCAAGUCCUUUUCUCAUGCAUGUACGACCACUUCUUACCCCAUAGCUUGCUGGCCACCAGUUAUAUGGAAAGGGAGUGGUGCACAUGUGCCCCCAUCAGUUCAAAUCGCUCGAGCCCCUGCCCAUGGCUCCUGCCCGACUGCACUUCCGACCCCCUUGCAAGCCCAGCUGGCCAGUGGAUCUCCCCCAUUUUGCUAUAUUUUUAUUUUUAUUUCUUUUCCUUCAUUUAUCUCAAAAGUAAGAGUGUAAUAAUCAUAUAAAAUCCCAUAAUUACCCAAAAAUUCAUGUUAAUCAACUGAAAACUACUUUCACACUUUAACACAAAUAUAAGUCUAUUUAUCAUGAGUUAAGGCUAAAACUAUAUUAUUUACUAAUUAUUAACUCAUGAUAAUGAAGACUUAUUAACUAACCUAUUUGCUAUUUGAAAUAGUAUAAAAAAAUAUCAGCAGCCAACCACUUUAAAACUUCUUUUUUUAAUAUUUCCAUCAUGUUAGGAUUUAAUAUUUGUUGUGGUUCCCUGCUAGUUCUUGCCUCCUCUAGAUAUAUACUAUGUAUGCAUACACUAAUAUCAAUACCCCUAAGAUCAUCUAUUUUUCAACCAAUAGUCUUCUUAUUUUUUCAAAAUAUAUCUAAUAAUCCUUAUUCUUGUUCAUCACUCAAAUCAAUUGUAAUAAUAACAAAAAAUAAAUUAUUUUCCUCUAAAAACAUAUAUUUUUAACUAGAGAAAAGAGGUUUCAACUCUAAAUUCAGAUGAUCUUCCUCUUUCUUUUCUCUCAAAUUUAUAUUCUCUAUUUCUUCUAAUUCUUCCAACACAAUCAUCAAUAACAUCUAGAUCAUCAAAAUCAUCUAGAAGAUCUAUGGUAUGACAAUCAUAUACUUAAGAUUUCUUAAGAUCAUUUGAUAUCUCAAAAAUUUUAAUUUCUACUAAUUGAUCUUCACAUGAAAUUUUCACAACACUUGUGAGAAAAUCAAUAUUCAUCUUUGAUGCAUGCAAAAGUGGUCUCCCUAGGAUGAUUGAUAUAUCAUAAAACUGUCUAUAUUAAAAUCCAUUUCUAGCACUACAAAAUCAAUUGGAAACUUACACUCUUUAACUAUCUGAUGCAAGACGAGGCGAGAACCCCUUGUACGAUCUAUGAAACUCGAGUCUCGGGAUGGGGUAGUCAGACCGAUCUGAUAAAAAUGUUUAGACCCUAAACUCUAGGUCUAACCAUGUAACCUAACCACAAGUGACGUGACUCAGUCAUUGUAUAUUAAAUCACGUAAAUAUAAAAUUUAUAAAACCAGAAAAUAUGAAUUUUCAGAUAUUUAGAAGUAUUUCUAAAUAAAUAUAUCAAUUAUAAUUUAAUAAAAAUUUUAAAAAUAGUAGUAAUUUUCCAAGUCGAUCACAGGGAUGUAAUAUAAUAUCUAGUAAUUAUUCAGAAUUUUUUUCAAUGAAUACGAUUUUCUAUAAAUUUUAUACUAGGAAAUAAAAAAUAAAUAUAUUUAAAAUUCACGAAAAAGGGAAAUAAGGGCACGGAUGUCAGGAUGACAUCAGCACCUUGCGAGCGCGAAUCAGGCAGAAACAGAGUUUCGCCUGGUGAUUCUUACGUAAGUGAUUACAAAUGAUUUAAUUGAUCAGAUUAAUAUCUGUAAAAGCCAGAAGAAUCAUAAUAGAAUAAAGUAUAUUUUGGUAAAUUAAAAACACAAAUAUUAUCACUAAAUGAAGCGUAAAGUAAAUUGAAAGCAGGAAUAGAGUUCUGGCGUCGCAACGGCGAUGCGCCGGCGAUACACCAGAAUCCUAAGCGUUCAGGAAGAUCGUCAUGCAGUGUCCAUGGCCUUGAAGGCUCUCCUUAGACAAAGACGACGUGGGCAAUCUUUAGAUCUUCUCGCGAAGUCUAGAGAUCAAUGAAGUGGGUCGUCGAAUCAUUUCUGGUGGCUGUCACCCGAUGGAGUGGAAAAACAGCAACUUUGCAGCUCUCCGGCAACUAUCACCCGACGGAGAAGAGUUGGAUGGAGGUGGGGUACAUGUUAGGGAGCUUCAUCCUCAGCUCCGCGCAACAAGAUGAGGCUCUUCAUCGCAUCUGGUACACUCUCAAGAGGUGGUGACUCAUCUCCUUACGGAUCGUCCUCUUCCCGAUGACGGCUUGUUCGUCGAUCAAUUGGAGAUGAUUUACUCGAUGGAUUCGUAAUCAUAUCGUGAAUCGUUCAGCAAUUUUAGUAGCAAUGUUCCACGAAUCGCGUUGACAAGAUUUUCACCAAUGAUAGCGAAACGGCCAGCGACUAGGCGGAGCGGUGGAGGGCAGCUCUGGCAAGUUUAUGGUGGAGUUUCGGAGGACGAGGCGGCAGUCAAACCAGGAGUCGAGAGACUCCAGUGGAGUGCUCGGCGACGGCUCUUAGGGAGGCAAAGCGAGCCCCUUUCGUCACGACGGCAUGACGGGGUUCCAGCAGAGGUGGCGGCGGCUGCAGCGGCAACCGCGACCGUUUCGUCCGGUGACAGCAGCGAGCUCCCGGGCGGCAACGAAAUAGCCGGCAGUGGCAGUGGUCUCAGGCGGUGGUGGGACUUCUUAGACAGCAGCGUCACAAGGGAGGAAGUCCUCGAAGGGGGUAUUGACGGCCUUCCUCUUCCUCCUUCCCUCCCUAUCCUAGAUCACGGAGAAGGUACUCAUAAAAUGAUAAUCUCUCUCAAAAAUAUGGCGCUCUCUUGAGGGAGGGUCCUCCCUCCCCUUAUAUGGGGGCCCACCAGUGGGCUAAGGGGAGGUGGGCCCACUUGAGGCCCUCAAGCCCAUAAGCCACAAAGGCUACAAAAGGGGCUUAUUGGGCCUCUUAAAGAGAAACCCAAUAAGCUCCCCUAAAAGGAGAAAGAGGAGGGGCCUCUUAUGGUGCUUAAGUGGGCCUCAAAUGAAGACCCAAAUAAGCCCUAAAAGAGGCCCAAAAGGAAAGACACAUAGUUCCCCCUCCUUUAGGGUUUUAAUUGGGCCUUGAUAAGUCUUCAUUAUCAUGAGUUAAUAAUUAGUAAAUAAUAUAGUUUUAGCCUUAACUCAUGAUAAAUAGACUUAUAUUUGUGUUAAAGCAUGAAAAGUGGUUUUCAGUUGAUUAACGUGAAUUUUUGGGUAAUUAUGUGAUUUUAUACGAUUUUUACCGUCUUAGUUUUGAGAUAAAUGAAGAACAAGAAAUAAAAAUAAAAAUAUUGCAAAAUGAGGAACCCGCCGGCCAGCCGGGCCCGCAAGCGGGUCGGUAGCGCAGUCGGGGAGUAGCCGCGAGCAGGGGCUCAAGCGGCUUGCUUGGAUCGAUAGGGGCACGUGUGCGCCACUCCCCUUCCACGUCACCGGUGGUCAGCCGGCUGUGGGGCAAGGAGUGGUCGUACACGCGAGAGGACUUUGCCUAGAAAGCUAACUUUACUGUAUAUUCGCCCGAAUAAUCCGCCCACAACCGAUGUGGGACUAAAUCCACCUUGUAAGGGGCGGGCGACCGCCGCGGGUUCGAAUCCUCCUAGAGUCAAAAUUCAUAUAUUUUUAACUGAUUAUCGCGACUUUCCUGCAGAUCGCCGGUGAAGGAUUAAGCAACCGGAAUCGCUGGAUCAUCGGCGAAAAUCUCGUCAACGCGAUUCGCGGAGCAUUGCUACUAAAAUUUCUGAACAAUUCGCGAUAAAAGGAUCGCAAUCCAUCGAGUAAAUCAUCUCCGAUUGAUCGACGAACAAGCCGUCGUCGGGAAGAGGACGAUCCGCCGGGAGACCAGUCGCCACCUCCUGAGAGCGUACCAGAUGCGAUGAAGAGCCUCCUCUUGCUGCGCGGACCUGAGGAUGAAGCUCCCUAACACGCGCCUCACCUCCAUCCAGCCCCUCUCCGUCGGGUGACAGCCGCCGGAGAGCCGCAAAGUCGCCGUUUUUCCGCUCCGCCGGGUGACAGCCGCCGGAGACGAUUCGACGACCCACUUCAUUGGUCUCUAGACUUCGCGAGAAGAUCUAGAGAUUGCCCACGUCGUCUUUGUCCAAGGAGAGCCUUCGAGGCCGUGGACACUGCACGACGACCCUCCCGAACGCUCAGGAUUCCGGUGCAUCGCCGACGCGUCGCCGUCGCGACGCCGGAACUCUGUUUUCCUGCUUUAUCUAGAGAUUGCCCACGUCGUCUUUGUCCAAGGAGAGCCUUCGAGGCCGUGGACACUGCACGACGAUCCUCCCGAACGCUCAGGAUUCCGGUGCAUCGCCGACGCAUCGCCGUCGCGACGCCGGAACUCUGUUUUCCUGCUUUCAAUUUAAUUUACGCUUCAUUUAGUGAUACUUUGUUGAUUUUUAUUUACCAAACUAGACUUCGUUCAACUACGAUUCUUCCGGCUUUUACAGAUCUUAAUUUGAUUAAUUGAGUCGUCUGUAAUCGCCUACGUAAGAAUCGCCGGGCGGAACUCUGUUUCCGCCUGAUUCGCGUUCGCCGGGCGCUGACGUCAUCCUGACGUCCGCACCCUUAUUUCCUCUUUUUUUUUGUGAAUUUUAAAUAUAUUUCCUUUUUAUUUCCUAGUAUAAAAUUCGUAAGAAAAUCGUACUCAUUGAGAAAAAUUCUGAAUAAUUACCAGAUAUUAUAUUACAUCCCUAUGAUCGACCUGGAAAAUUACCACUAUUUUUGGGAUUUGUAUUGAAUUAUAAUUGAUAUAUUUAUUUUGAAAUACUUCUAAAUAUCCGAAAAUUCGUAUUUUCUAGUUUUAUAAAUUUUAUAUUUGCGUGAUUUAAUAUACAACGACUGAGUCACGUCAGGCCUCAAAGAGAAACCCAAUAAAACCUUAAAGAAAGGGAGACACAGACAACAACACACACACAUAGAAUUGGGCCCACUAACACACAAAUGCGAGGCCUAACAAGUCAACGUGAAAGUACAAAGAAAGAUACGGGUGAGCUCAAGCUCGUCGUCGUCACGGAGGUGGAAUGUCAUUGUCCCAAAUGGCUAGGCCGUGUAGCGAAAGCCAGGCUCCUUCGUCUUCGUGCGUCGAUCGGGCUGAACUCGAACUAUCAGUGUCUCCUAAGCUGAUGGAAACAGGUCUCGCUCACCAUCACUAUCACUAUCACAUUUUCUAAAAUACUUUUAGGACGUUUUAUUGAUCUAUCAACAAAUUAUAAGAUAAUAGUAAAAGAUUUAAGAUCAGAAAUAAUAAAUUUAUCAUAAAUACUUUUAGGUAAUAAAUUAAUACUAGCACUGGUGUCAAGUAAUAUAUUCUAAGAAAUAGAUCCACCAAUAUCAUAUGAAAUUUAAGGGACACUAGUCUCUCUCAAUUUAUGUGGUAAUUGAUUUAAUAAUAAAUCACUAGCAUGUAUAGAUAAUUUUUCUAUUCUAUGUGUCUUUUUUGGUGUACACAUUUCGUUCAAAACUUUAGCAUAUUCAGUAAUAUGUUCAAUGAUAGUGAGUAAAGGAAAACUAAUUUGCACAUGUUGUAAAAUUUUCUUAAUUUCUUCAUUGUGUUCUUUUUUCUUUCUUUGUCUAGGCUCUAAAGCUUUAGGAAAUGGAAUGGUUGUCCUCUCUUUUAGAAUUUUCUUAGUAGAAUCUAUAAAAUCUUCUUCUACUCCUAUUUGAUUUUGUUUGGGUUGUCCAUAUUUUUCUUUUUUCUAAUAUUUGAGGAUAAGGAUCAGGUAAAAUCUUUUCACUCCUAAUGCAUUCACUAUCCUAACAUUUUCAUUUCAUGGGUUUUAUCCUAGAUUCAUAUUACUAGACUCCCAUUACUGAAAUUCUAUUGUUGGAUAAUUCUUUGGAUUUUCUAUGGGUUGACUAGGUAGUUGUCCCUCUUCUCUCUUAUUCCCAAGAGCCUCUAUAAUUUGUUUCUGCUGCAACAUCAUUUGAUUCAUAAUUUGUUGCAUGAUUUGGCUCAUUUACUAUAUUAUUUCCAUAGCAUCAGGUUGGGUUGAGAUGACUGAUUUUUUUGAAAAAAUUUUUCCUAUUUUAGACAAAAUUUAGAGUUCUGAAUUAGGUCUAAGUGCUUUUGGAUUUUGAAUAUUAUUUGAGUCUCUCCAUGAAAAAUUAUUCUUCCAAUUAGGAUUAUAAGAAUUAGAAAAAAAAUCCCUAUUUCUAUUAAAAUCAUGAGCUACUUGCACUUAUUCUUACAUAGGGUGAAAUGAUUCAUCUAAACUAUAGUAUUGAAAUUUAGAAUAAUUAUUUUCACCAUACAUAGGACAUAUACUAUUUGAAUUAAAUUGGGGGUUAAAAGGCUUUCUAAUAUUCUUAAUAAGUAAAUCAAGUUUUUCUAGUUUUUGAUUAAUCUGAUUAACCUCAUUUCAUAAAUUAGAAACAUCAUCAUGAUGCAAUUCAUAAAUUCCUUUGUUUUUAUCCCUGUCAUACAAUUCAAAAGAGGUUUGAUCUCUAGAAUUUUCACUUAAAUUCUCAUAAGGAUUGUAAAUCUUAUCAAGAGUUUUCUCUAUAAAAGCUCUUCCACAUAUAGAAUCAAUCAUAUUUCUAUGUUGUUCUAAUAAUUCAUCAUAAAAAAUUCUAUUGAGCUACCACUAAGAUAUAGUAUGAUGAAGAUAUUUUCUAAGUAAAUAUUUGAAUUUUUCUCAUGUCUCAUGUAAAAUUUCUCCUGGCCUUUGAGAAAAACUUCAUAUAUGUUUUCUCAUAUUUUAAUGUGGAUAGCCAAUGAUUAGCUUUGUCCCUAAGUGUAUGAGAAAAUAAUUUCAUCUUAAUAAUUUAUAAUGUAACUUGAGAGAGAUUAACUAAAUCACAGAUCAUAUGAAAUCUUUUUAAAUACUGAUGAGGUUCCUCUAAUAGCAAUUCGUGAAAAUUAGGGAGCAUUUGAAAAUUUUCUAGAUUUAUUUCAAAUUUAAUAGUAAGUGCUAAUGGGACUCAGAUAUUGGAUGCUCUUUAAAAUGAAUUAAGGAUAUAAUGAUUUUUCAUGGUCAUAGGAUUUUUCUCAAUUUGACUUGUACUUCCUUUGGAUCCAUCAAAAUUAAUUUCUCUUUUGAAUUUUUAGUUUUGAAUGAAAUAGUGAAAAGAUUUUUUAGCCUUAGAUGCAAGGAUCUUCUAUCAUGCAUAAAAAUUUAUAAAUUUGAAGAAAUAUUUUAAUCAUUAUUUCCCUCCUCCAAAAUGUUCUAGUCCUUGCCUUUUUUCUCUUCAUUCCCCUUUUUUUUUUGACAAGAAAAAAAUAAAAUAAGAGUUAAUUUUUUUGUGGACUCUAAGAGAAAAAUAGAAAAUUACUCAAUGUUAUGUAAUACAACUCUAGCAAUGGCACUAAAAUUUGACAUGACUUAGUUGUUGUAUAGUAAAUCAUGUAAAUUUAAAGAUAAUAAAACUAGAAAAUACCAAUUUUUAGAUAUUUUAAAGUAUUUCUGAAUAAAUAUAUCAAUUAUAAUUAAAUAAAACAUCCAAAAAUAGUAGUAUUUUUCUAGGUCAAUCAUAGGGAUGUAAUAAAAUAUAAGGUAAUUAUUUAGAAUUUUCUUCAAAGGAUAUAAUUUUUCAUGAAUUUUAUACUAUAAAAUGAAAAUAAAAUAUAUUUAAAAUUUAUGAAAAAGAGAAAUAAGGGUGUAGACGUCACCGCCUAACGAACACAAUCGUGGCAGCGAUGCAUUGGGGAUGCACUAGAAUCUUGAGAAUUCGAGAGGAUUGUCAUGUAGUGUCAAUGUCUUCGAAGGCUCUCCUUAGACAAGAAAGAUAUAGGCAAUCUCUAGAUCUCCUUGCAAAGUCUAGAGAUCAAUUAAAUAGGUCGUUGAAUUGUCUCCGGUGGCUGUCACUUAGUAGAACAGAAAAAUAGCGACUUUGUCACUCUUCGACAACUUUCACUCGAUGGAGAGGAGCUGGAUGGAGGUGAGGCACAUGUCAAGGAGUUUCAUCCUUAAGUCCACACAACAAAAUGAGGCUCUUCAUCGCAUCUAA